GCCCUCUAUCACAGAUUCUCUAGCUCGAAUGGAUAGCACCAAUAACCGAGCGGCUGAAAGUCAGGGCCAGCGCUUAUCAACAUAUGCAUCAUCAUCAUCGUCUUCCUAUCCUCAUAAUCCAAAAAAUUCACCAAAAACACCAAAGAAAUCAUCGACGACGGUGACAACUGCUACCACCGGAGCUGCUGACAAGUUAUCCAAUCGCAGCUCGAGCAAAGAAGAAUCCCUUUCACCGCAUCGUCUUAUUUCCGGCUACAACAGCUACACUAGCAUUAAUUCCCCAAUAGCAAAAGAGAAUCACACAGAAUGUGUUCUGAAAUGUACUUGCAAACAUUCUAGCUAUACUUCAUUGCGAUCUCCGAAACAGCACGGGCAGGGUGGAGUUGCAGCGUGUGGAACGGUAUAUGAGAAAAGUGUUCAGAAGAUCUCGAAAAUUAGUUGCGAUGCGGCUACUAGUCCAAAUCGGUUCAGUCAUAGGAGUCCGCAGAUCAACAUGCGGCUGAAUGGAUCGGAUGCAUCAACGGCUUGCAAUGAGUUGCGCAUUAGCGAUGAAAAGACCAUUACGGCAAAAACGAACGCCAGUCCCCGUCGUUUAAUAGCAACUCGCAAUGCCGCUACGAGCCCCGGCCUCGAUAAACGUAAGCAGCUGAAUCCGAAAUGUGAAUUGCAGCCGAAAAGUCCUGAUGUCUCGGUAAAAACCAUUCUUGAAAAAUCGAAUUCGCUCGGCGACUCAAAACCCUCGCGUACUCUACGAACGACUCGCAGCCUAUCGCCUCGGCCACCUGUACGCCAUCAGCAUGCCAUAACUGUAUGCGAUGAAAAUGAUAUUGUCUCAGUGAAAAUAUCCCCGAAUGAGGAAUUCGAAGAGGAGUGUGAGGCAAGGUUUCUGAAGAAAAGAUAUAAAGCCCAGAGCGAACAAACAUCUCCUAAUCUAUCAGAUCUAGGAACAACUUUUAGUUAUGAGAAUCGUGCGAACAAUAAAAGUACAGGGUGUCUGGUUUACGUGCCAUCUGAUCCUUGGAUGAAAAUGCCUGAUGCCGAAGAAUCAGCAAAACCGGAGAAGAAGAAAAGGGGUAAACAUGGGAAAUUUUCACCGGAGGUACGGUCUUUAAGCCGGGGAAACUUGGUACCACUGAACGAUGAUCCAUGGAUCUGGCGUAACAGUCCAGACUCUGCAGCAUCCAGGCCCAGAUCACCCAAGCAAGAAAUAUACCGUCAAGCAAAAUCAUUUUCUGUAACGAAAUUUGAGCUCGCUGAUAUUUCGAAAAUAACAAAAGCCUCAGCUGCUGCAAAGAGUGAGAAAACUUCGAGUGCCAAAAAUUCAAGCCGCCCCAAAUUACAACGCUGCAAGUCUCCAAUAGUGAUCGAUGAUGAGUCAGUACCAUUUCUGAACGACUCCGGGCGAACCUGUACGUGCAAUGCUGCUGCUUCCGCGGUGGAUGUUGGCAAGCAACAGCAGAAUUUACUAUCUCCUCGAAAAGACAUUGGCAACAAGGAAACUGCUUCUAAUAACCAAAAUCCUUUGAAUUGUAACACUGCAACGAAAACUUUUUUAAACGUCACUAAUUCAAAUUUGAUGCAAUCCCGCCACAGCUUCUCAUCAAUUUCUCAAAAAGAUGACGAGCUUCAGUUGAAUAUUCGUCGGCUCAGUGAGCAAAUUAAAAAGCCCAGCGAGAGCACCAUCAGCGGUACGAGUGGGCCAAGUGGCGCAGACUUUACAGACUACUUGAACCAGUUCCGCACGGUGGAGGCGCAGAAAGCUAAAGCUGCUGCGGCCGCAAUCACAUCUCGAAACUCAACUAAGAACGUACCGGAUGCCGUGCUGGAGACGACAUGCUAAAGUGGUGGCGUGCAUCUCGAGACUAUGAUAGAAUCCAAAGUGAUGUAGAAGGAAUCAAAAAGUAGUUUUAAAUUGAACCGAUCAAACUCGAUUUUAGAAGCAAUCACACCAAUAGUAGACCGUAAGAAUAUUUAACGUACUCUGAAAAUUUGUAGGAAUUUCACUAGCCGAACCAUAUCCCAGAUGGUCACCAUUCGAAUAACUUAGAUCUCGAAGAUUAUUGGAUUUUAUCAUAGGCUUGCAUGCGAGUCUGAGGUCAACCUUAACCUUAGAAGCACUUUCCUGGUUUCGCCACUCAUCAAGUGCAAAUUGCAAAUGAAAAGCAGUAUCUCCUUUUUUUAGGAUAAUCCGAUUAGGAAAUAUUACGUCUAAGCUCUUUUUUACAGUAGAAAUACAUAUAAUCGUUUUAAUUGAUUCUAAUUGUAAGGUUAGCGCUUAAUUUGUCUAGUACUUAAGUCGUUUACUGCAUUACGCAUUAUAUUGAACAAGUGACAUAAUUGGAUACAUAAGGCAAGAUGUGAAACGAGACCGAAAACUAUUACUAGCUCGUAAGAUGUUUCAACGCAAAUUGCAAUCUUUUUCACACAUUUUAGUCAACUUCUACAACUACCAACAUCGUUCUUGUGCAAUGUGUUAUUUUAUGCCGCGAAGUUGUACGUGGAGAGUCAGACCUCAUUCGCUCAUUACAAGUGAUGACGACGAUACAUAUUAUGAGAAAUGAAAAAAAA